AACUUGACAGAACGAACGGGAAACGUUUGCUCGUUUCGUCCUCCCGCAUCUGCGUUUAUCCAGCAGCCUUCGACUUUGAAUAUUAGUUCAUCACGAUUUCAUCAUUAGCUGGAAAUACGACAAACUCUUACUAGUAUGACACAUAGCUACUAGUCAUGUGAGGAUUUACAAAAAGUGUGAAAUUACAGUAUUGACGCUCGGUGUUGAUUUCCGUAACAGUUUAAACAUGUCGGAACCGAGAGUAAAGCGAAUAAAAACUUGCCUUCCUCUCUGUAAAACGCAUAUAUCUUCUGUUGGGAGUCUGGCGAGGCAAAACUUCCCGACUGUUGUGGAGGAAAGUCUGUGUGGAGUGUCCACUUUGCUUAUAGACGUCUCUUACAGACUGGAAGCGCUGGCCCAGAUCUUUGAGCAGAGUGAUCUGGCUUUACCCAGAGUGGCUGCGUAUUUUCACCAGGAGUCAGUGAAGGAACUAGAGCGGGCCGAGGCAAUGCAGCAGUAUCUGACCCAGCGGGGAGGAAAAUACUGCAGUAAGAACAUCCAGAGGCCAGGCACUGAAGAGGUGUGUGCCGUCCUCCCUGCUCUGGAGCUCAUGCUUACCCAGUGGAAGGAGGAGAUGAGUGUUAUGGUGGAGCUGAAUCAGCUGGCACAUGAGUACGGAGAUCCACACACCGCCAGCGUAAUCAAGAGUCAGUUCAUUCAGCCCCUCGUCCCAAAGGUCAAACUCAUCAGUGACCUCUUGACCAGCGCUCGCAGAGUGGGCUGCACCGGUGACAGCACGGGUGGCUUUGGGGAGUACCUCAUUGACCGCCUACAAGACACAGUGACAAUCACUUAGGCUUCCUCUUCGCUAUCAUUUAAGAACCAUGAAUGCACUGUAAAAAGUGAUUAUUCAAAGUAUUAAAUAAAGCAAAUAUUAUUCUAACUGUUUCAACUUCAUAAUCUAAUCUCUAUUUAAUAAUUACAUGUUUAAUUCAAUGUGUUACUCGCCAUUUCUUUGUAAUUUUUUGUGUAUAUCUACUAGCCUGAAGAUGUUUUAAAGGGAAUCCUACAGC